GCCGCCAGCGAUGGAGAUAAGCGCAGCGCUGACAGAUGUUCCAUUUUCCCAAAGCCAUAAAAAGGAAUAGUUCACAAUAGUGUGUCCUCGCUCUUGGGGCGCACGAACAGCAAGGGCAAAGGGCGAGGGUAGGGGUGAGGAAGCGGGGAGGGGGCGGGGGCACUGAUUGGAAAAGGGCUGGUGGGUGGCUUGUACGGGGCGCCCGUUAUCGAGGGCCUCUCGAUGUGUGUUGUGUAGUUCUCCACCGGACGCGCCGCCGACGCCAUGCCCGCCCCCAGCGCGCUGCACCUGCACAUCAAGGCCCUGGUGGCGGAGGCGGUGGCGCGGCGCGCGUCCGUGGUCGGGCCGUGCGUCGCCGACGCCGACCCCAACCGGACCCGCGGUCCGCCGUCGACGCCUCCGUGGGAGCGCGCGGCGCGCUGCCCCGCCGGCUGCUCCGCGUCAGACGUGGUGCUCCGCGCGCUGCUCAAGGCCCCGGAGGCCGCCAAGAAGUCCAAAGGGCGCGGCCGCGCUCGGCCCGCGUACCUCGCCUACCCGCGCGCCGGCCCCGGCGCUGGGCUGCGCCAGCAGUGGCCCUGGGGACGGCGCCGGCCUUCCACCGCGCCGCCGGAGCCCACCGGUACGCGGCGAACGGGGAGCGAGCGGGAGGGGGAGCCAGAUGUAGAAGCCGGAGAAAGGCUGCUCGUAGUCACCAGCCCCUCGCAUCCACGCACCGGCGGGGAGCGGGGAGGAUACAGGAAGCGAAUCUCGGAUGACGAUGACACCAUCAUCCUCCUUAGCCUCUGCCCAUCCCUGGGAGGCCCCUGCCAGGUAGGCACGCCCGUCAGUACCGCGUGCCACGCGGGCUGGCCUAGCCUUCGGGCCUUCGGGCGUCACGGCUGCUCUGAAGCUACCGGCGCGCAUAAGUCACGGACGAGCCCGGGCCGGGGUCCCCCAUCCUCCUCAUGCAUACAGCCACGUGUGCAUACGUAUGGCGCUUGACGUGGCCGCCGGGGUGCUGGGGGCCGGGGGCGCUCCCCACCUCAGGAGGCAGCACACGCGGGCCCCCGGCAGCACCCGCCGCGCUCAGCGCCGCCCCGCGCGGUAUCAUCCCCUCCUUACUUUAGCCGCGAUGGAUUUCAUUGUCGACUGUCACCUGUUCCGCCGAGCCGACGGCGCCGACAGCGACAGCUCAGGUGGCGGCUAUAGGCUCCCGCCCGGCUCAGGGCGCAGCCCCAAUCUCUGACAACAGUCGGACCCACCGGGCCGGGCGCGGGCGUGGUAGGCGGUUCCCUCGGUGUACGGGCGUCGUCGGCUACCCCCGCCCCGGGAGGGCAACGCGGGCAUGUGGUUGUGGGGCUCCGAGUCCGAGCCAGCGUCAGACAGGCAUUGGGACUACUACCUGCCAGUCCGGGAGCAGGAGCAGGCCCGGGUGGCGUUCGGCUCGGCCCAGAGCAGGGCGGUGAUGCCCUUGGCCGGACUCAAGGGCGGCGCCUCCAGGCUCGCAAACCUCGCGCUGCGGACCACAGACGCUCUCCGUGACCUGGGCCCGGCAGCGUACCAUGCCGCCAACCUCGGUGCCCUGUACGACGUCCUCCACAAGGUCACCAGCAAACGCGGCGUCGGCCCCGGAGCCCGCACCGCCCUCCGAUUCCGGGAGGUGGACCAACACCUCCCCGCACCCAACACCUACCAGGUGGUACUCGGUGGCCUGUCCGGCGCACCGUGCGCGGUACCCUUCAACACCAACACCACCAGGACGGCCCUCGUCUGUUCGGACACCCCCGGGCCGGGGUCCUACUCGCCGGGCGCGUUCAACCUGCCCGGGGUGCCGGUGGCGGUGCGCUGCGGGGCGGGCGAGGGGCCCGGCCGCUGCGAGGGCUGCCUGCAGGAGCUGCCCGCCGGCGUGGAGUUCUGGGCGCUGGACGCCGCGGUGCAGGGGCUGGCGCGCGGCUGCGUCCUGUGCCAGGCCUGCAUGCUGGGCGCGCGCCGCCAGCCGCGCGACCUGGCGCGCUACACCCGCUGGCAGCUGGACGCCUUCCGGAAAACGCGUGACUGCUCGGACAUACAUCGGCACGAGGGCACCAAGGCCAAGAUCCUGCUCGUGGACCCCAAGACGGUGGCCAAGCGGCGGCGGAAGGAGGCGUACCUGGCCAAGUACUUUCGCGACCACACCGUCGUGGACCCCGACUUCAUGCCCGGCACCGAGCCCGCCAAGCUGACCGAGGGUGAGCAGGCGCGGGGUGUCCCGAGGAAGGACGACUUCUGCUGUCUGCACGAGGCUUUCAAUAGUUUCAACAAGGACCACAUGUCGUUCGGCCUGCGACUGCCGUCAGAUCUCAUCUACAACACGAUGAAAAGGUGUGCCCUCGACUUCCACCCGUCGCUCUCCUCGUCGCUGAGAACGACAACGGAGCGGUCGUCGUCGCUGAAGUCAGACGGCCGGCGGCGCAGCGGCGGCUCCAGGGCGCUGCACUCGCUGAAGUCCUCGGGCGCCACCCAAUCGGAGCACGGCGGCGCCUCUACCGCCGACCAAUCACGACGGGAAUCAACGACCCACGUGACCGGGCGGGAGGGCGAGUCGCCUCCCCGAACCUAACCUUACCACCCGCACCGUCAAUGUAACAGUUGCAUAUUCUUUUUAUGCAAGUUAGUAUUAAGAUUCCCAAAAUGUUCUCUACAAGUUUUUUACCAUGUACCUACAGUCAGUUUAGUUAGUUUUUACGCGAGGUGCCUUUGCACCAGCAGACGAGUGCAUCUAGUCAUAUCAUUGCUCCGACCAAACAGUACAUUUUCAGUGAUACUAUACAUGAUUCAAUUUUAAUCCAACCGCUAACGUGUUCCUAUCUGACAACUUAAGUGUUCACCCAGACAGUGUUGCUAAUAACAAUAAUGAA